AUGAGCUCAGAAGCGUCCGCCACUCAUGUCUCAGAUAAAGAGAAUGGCAUGGAAGAACGAGAGAAUUCAAUUGACACUGAACAACUAACACCACAACCACGCAAAAGGAUUAAGCGUCAAGAAAUAUAUGAUCCUGAACAAGACAAAAAUGAAAAAAGAGCUUUACGAAAGGACUAUCGAAAUCUUAUUAUCUCUACUGAAGAAAAUCGACAAGACUAUCUUAAAUCUAACUCGAAUGGAUUGUCGGAAACUUUAGCAAAAGCGAAUAGUUUAUAUAAGAAAGUGAGAAAUACACAUGAAGCGAUCCUUGACUCCCGUAUUUUGGUUCUUUCCGCGGAUUUAAGCGUUCAAAAAGCGCGUCGUAUGAAAAUCGACAGCAAUGCUUUUGACACGGAUGAUUAUGUUGGUAAAUUAGUUAAUUUUAUGGGAGGGAGUCAGCCGCAUUUAGAGGAGGAAGAUGAUGCUCCAUUAGACUGGUUGGGCCUUGGUAAGGUUGCUGCACGAUUUACUACUCGUGUCCCCUCGAUGGCCUACAUGCUUGGUCCAUUAUCAAUUGAGCAAAAAGAAAGGACAAAGGGAAAAUCGCAAGUACGGAUAGAAAAAAAUGAAAAAGAUCUCAGAACUCCUAUAAGUAUGAAAGAACAAGAUAUUGAAAGACAAGAAAACGAAACAACACGCAAUGUCAAAAUGAUCGCUGACUUUAUUCAAGAAAGACAACCGAUAAAUCUUUUUGAAUUUAUAAUAAAUCCGGAAUCAUUCAGUCAAACAAUUGAAAAUUUGUUCUAUUUGUCUUUUUUGGUUCGUGAUGGCCAAGUAAGCAUUGACGAUGAGGAUGGUCAACCGAUCAUAACUCGAUGUGAAUCUGCAACUGCAGAGGAUUACGAGAAUGGCUUAAUAAAAAAACAAGUUGUCUUGGAAAUGGAUAUGGCUCUAUGGAAACAACUCAUUGAGGUAUACGAGAUCAAAAAAAGUAUUAUACCCACUAGAGUAAAGAAAGAAUACAGGGCAGGAAAAUGGUAUGGUGGUGGAAGUCUUUACUUGUUCUCUUUGUAUGGACCACAAUUAGGAAAAGAAUUAGCAUAUAAACAAGUAGAGCUAUCAUUUGUUGGAUCAACGGGUAAUAAUGGAUUGUAUUUAAUGGGCCCGUUAACUGGAUGGUUCUUGGAUAAAUAUGGUCCAAGAUGGUCGUGUAUUUUAGCAGCAAUUUGUAUCUUUUCUGGGUACACUUUGAUGGGCUUUACCUAUAAUCACAUUUUACCAAAUUCAUCGUUUAUUUUAAUGGCAACCUAUUAUGGUUUGGUCGGUGCGGGAUUAAGUUUUUCCUGUAUGGCGGCUCUCAAUGUUGUCGCAAAAAACUUCGAGAAACACCGUGGUACUGCAUUGGGUAUCCCUUCAGCUUUUUUCGGCCUUUCUGCAUUCUUAUUAUCACAAUACAGUGAGAUAUUUCUUGUUGAUAGUAAAGGGAGAUUAGAUGUUUUUAAAUUACUUUUAUCCUUGGGAAUUGCGUUCGGUAUUGCUAAUAUAAUAUCUACAGCAUGGCUGCGUAUUAUUCCAUCACGUGUUGAAGAGGAAGUUAUAGUGGACAUAAACGGAAAUGAGCAAACGCCUUUGUUGACACCAUCAAAUACGGCAAUAACAACGUAUAAUAAUUCAUCCUUAAAUACAAACACAUUUAUAAGUGAUCCAUCAGCGUGGCUUUUGUUCUUUUCGUUUUUUUUUCUUUCUGGAACAGGACUAAUGGUAAUCAACGCUAUUGGAACAAUAAUUGUAUCACUUGUAUUAGCAUCAAACCCAUCAGAUUCGCUUGUUACAACAAAUCCUCGAACAUCACAACUUCAGAGUUUUCACGUGUCAUUAAUUUCUAUUGCUUCUUGCCUUGGACGUAUUUCAAUGGGUAUCGCAUCAGAUUACUACAAACUCUAUCAUGGAACAUCACGAUUAAUAUUCUGGCUUAUUGCUGCUAUAAUAAUGCUCUGCUCACAAUUAUAUGCUGCGUUCGGGCUAGCAUUGCUCGAUUCUGCGGAAAAGGCACUGAGUACUCUGUGGAUAUUGUCGAUUGGCACAGGCUUUACAUACGGAACAUUUUUUAGUUUGGGGCCGACUAUUACCAGUGAGCUGUGGGGGCUUCCAAGAUUUGGGAUUAAUUGGGGAACGAUGAUUUUGGCACCCGCCGUUGGUGGACUCUCGAUGAAUUUGGUUUUUGGCAUUUUGUAUGAUUAUUAUGCGAAAAAACAGUCAAUUGGUGAUGAUUUUGAUGAAGUUAGACAAUGUAGAGGUGUUGAAUGCUUUCAAAUGGCUUUUUAUGUUUCCAGUUUUAUUUGCUUAGUUGGCAUUUUACUUGCUUGGGUUUUGUUUGUGAGAAACCAAAGAGUAAUUUCACUCUGA